AUGUCUCUCAAGCCCAUUACCGUCUACAACCACGGCAAGUGUUGCCUCUCACAUACCCUGACAAAUGCCCGUGGCCCCAACCCCAAGAAGCUCAACAUCAUUCUGGAAGAGCUCAACGUUCCGUACACGCUGAUCGAUAUUGAAAACCCAAAAGACGAAAAGUUCCGCAAGAUCAACCCCAAUGGCCGUCUCCCCGCCAUCGUCGACCCCAACAACAACAACCUCACCCUAUGGGAGUCAGGCGCCAUUGCCGAGUACCUCGUCGAGACCUACGACAAGGACAACAAGAUCAACGCCACUGAUCCCGCCGACAAGUGGCACCUGAAGCAGUUUCUGCACUUUCAAAUGUCCGGCCAGGGCCCGUACUACGGUCAGGGUGUCUGGUUCCACAAAUUUCACGCCGAGGACGUGCCCUCGGCCAAAAAGCGUUAUCUCGAGCAGAUUGAGCGCGUCUGGAGCGUCCUGGACGACCUCGUCAAGGGCAAGGACUAUCUCCUCGGCAGCAAGCUGACCUAUGUCGACCUCUGCUUCGUCCCCUGGGAGUUUGUCGCGCACAGCUUCCUCGGCGAGGACCUCAAGGCCGCGGGCUAUGACGCUGAGAAACAGUACCCCAACUACUGGGCCUGGUACCAGCGCCUGCUGGCCCGUCCCUCGGUCAAGAAGACCUACGGCCUGUAA